CUUUAUUUUGAAGCCUUUGCUCCAUAAGCAAUAAAGGUGAAGCUAAACACAGCAUUGUCUAUCUAAUUCGAGGUUACUGAGAUUUAACCUUUUAGAUCAUGAGAGAAGAAACUGACAGCACCAAGAAUCAGCAGGUCAUCAGUGUCUGGGUACGGGACCCACGGAUACAAAAGAAUGACUUCUGGCACGCCUACAUAGACUAUGAAAUUUGUUUACAUACCGACAGCGUGUGUUUCACCAAGAAGAUCUCACGCGUGAGAAGGAGAUACAGUGAGUUUGUAUGGCUCAGGCAAAAAUUGCAGGCAAAUUCAUUGCUAAUGGUACAUCUACCAGAGCUUCCCCCCAAAAACCCUUUCUUCAGUCUUAACAAUGCUCGGCAAAUCAACGAUCGAAUGAAGGGGCUCCAGAAAUUUUUGGAACAAGUCCUUCAGAACCCUCUGCUGCUGUCCGACAGUUGCCUACACCUUUUCCUGCAGUCGCAGCUUAGCAUGCAUAUGAUAGAGGCCUGUGCUGCUGGAAGGACCCACUACUCUGUGACUCAGGCUGUGCAGCACUGCGGCCUCCGGAGAUUCCACUCAGAGGAGGAUCUGCAGAAUAACCUCAAAUUUUCCUGUGACUCUGACUCAGAUAGCUCCAAGGGUGGGGAUUCAGAACACAGGAUUAAACCUUUGGCAGCUUCUUCCCCUGAUCUCAUGGGAACCAGCUAGGACAAAGGGCUAAGCUGCUUGUCUCAUUCUACAUGAAAACAUCAUCUUCAUACCACUGGCAGAAUGAUGGCAUCUGUGUAGCCAUAAAACAAUUUGGAUAGGUGAAGGAGAAAGCUACCAGCUACUCUGUCCUACUGCAUUUCACAUAACUGGUCUUAAUUAUUUCAUUUAUUGAAAAAUGUCACACUUUAUUAUGCUCUUGAUGAGAUGUUUUAGUUUGAAAUUUGCACAGUGAAUAGUACAAAAAUGUACCUCUUUUAUAUUACAUAUCUAUUGUACCUUUAUGUAUUUCCAUAAAGUGUUAUUAGGUUGAAUAGAUACAAAGUUAUAUCAACAAUUUGCCUGAAGAUGGCAGUGUUGUAACAGCAAUGUGUUUGUAUAGUCUCUGUUUCAUAAACAUGCUUGAAUUUUGGUCAUUGAAACUAUUGUUAGAACAUAUGUGUGCAGGGACAGCCUUUUUACCUCUCUCUCUCUCCACUCCCAAUCAAGUGAAGGAUAUGGGAAGCUUGUCAUCCGGUGGCCACUGCAGUGCUUAGCAGUAUGACAUGUGUAAUAGGGUCUCUGCAGAGUUUUUAGACAGCCCCCUUGUCAGGUGUGUGGCUGGUAGGAGGUCCUGUGGGAUCCCAAUGGACUUGCUCCUGUCUGAGAGGGCUAUCAGGUAGACAGGCUACAUUGCUCCCUGCUGAACAAAAUGCCAGCUGCACUGACAAGCCUCCCUUUCUAUCUGUCUCCUUUGCUUUGUGUUAGUGUGAGCUCGCUUACUACAGUCACAUCUCAAUGUGUCUGUUCAUGUGUGUUUAGUGAACACACACGUGUGCUCCCACAGCGAGCAGCGUUGUGCUUUUAUUUAUUUAUUUUUUGCAGAUGUAAGGACGAUUAACGGGAGUGGAAAAACUGACAUAUCUGCAGUACUCGUUAGAUUAGCUGUUUUGUUUUUCUCCUCUGCAGCUGUGUGAGAUUCACAGUAAAUUCAGAAGGGGAACAGAUAGUAGGCUUAUGUUAGAAGAAACAGAGAGGUGACAUAAUCUUAAGCACACUGUGCAGCAAAGCGUUUUGGACAACAGACAGCCCACCAAUCUCAAAUGGGGAGAUGUGUAGCUGUGCAUUUAUUUGCAUCUAUAGUAGUACAAUGUAUGUACAUGUAACUUUACCUAUGCUUGAAGUGUGGUCUGUAUUUUUUUUUUUUUGCCAGUGUUGCAAAGGUCUGAGUACAAAUAUAUAUAAACAUUUCUCACAAUU